AUGGUUGAAGUAAAGCAGAGUAUGGAAAUGUCUGCGCCCCGAGCGUGGCCAGCAGGUCAUAAAUAUGGACUUCCAUGUCGAUGUAAACUGUUCCCAGGAGAGAAGAGGAUGAAAUACAUCCAACCAGAGCGUGCUGUGUCGUUCAAACCAUGUAAAAUUUAUAGAUCUCCAGAAUCAAAAAUGCCCGAUCACACAACAUACAAACAGUCUUUCGAAGCUUUCGAACCGGGUAUGUUAAGGAACUGUAAGGGAAAACCGUUGCUAGCCAGAGAAAACCUGACACCUGCUGGAGACUUCUCAGACUUGACAACUCAUAAGAUGAGUUUUGGAUCUUGGCCAGGAGUCAACAGACAAAAAAUCUAUUAUCCAAGGGAUCACAAAUUGUCAGGGGAAGGUCCAAUGGCUGAGGUGACCACUCACAAACACGACUACACUCCCAAAUGUAUCGACGCACCAACGAAGAUUAUCAGGCCCAACAAUCUCGGGUUUUCUUCAGCACCAAUGUCUGAUGAUUCUGUCAUGUCCAUGUCUUAUAAAUGCCCAGAUUAUAGAAGAUUUGAACCUUCGACAUCAUUUAAACCUGAAAGAAGAUUCUUACCUCCUAAGAGCCCAGUGGAAAGCGAUACAGUUCAUAAACUAUCGUUUAUGCCGUUUGAGCCUCAGCCAAAGCAAGAGGUACCUUGGGCCAAACAAAAACCCUAUAUGAGAUCUGGAGAGCCAUUGGAUGGUCAUACAGUAUACAACGGAAGCUAUAUCGCCCCUGGAAGAAUGAUGGAAGAUCCAUACGGACAUUGUACUGGUUGCUAUUGCGUAUACCCGGCCGAAUGUUAUGAAAAAUCUGGAGAACGGCCUGAUGUUCUCACCUGCCCGGCUGGAUAUGAUCCCAACAAGGACCCGCCAAGGCCCCCACCAGUUACUGAGGAAAGACCAGCGGAAUGA